AUGGCUCUUUCUCCUCUGAUUCUCGAUCUGCGAAGUACAACGUCUGAGAUCCUGAAGGUCCAGACUAGUACUGGCAUCAGCGGGAAGUAUCUAGUCCGCGAACGCUACGUCUGCGCCCGACAUGGCACUGGAGGACGAAAACCAUAUGUCAAGAAGAACCCUCAUUGGGGCCGCAAAGUCCCUUCUAAAUUGACUGGCUGCCUCGCAUCUCUUACGAUCAAAUCUUAUCUGAGCGUUCCAUACAUUCUUGGGAUAUACGUAUCUGGACAUAACCACCCUCUUGGUGCCGAAAAUCUGAAAUUCACUCGGAUCCCUUCUCAGCACUCGCGGAAUGCUGGAUACUCGGAGUUUCUGAACACUGGUGCUGUACCAUCCCUGGAACGUGUGGAAGCUAGAGGCACCACAGCUACGAGGAUAAUCAAGCGAAAGGGUUGUGAGCUGACGGAUGGUGCUGCGAAGAAGGCCAGAACGACCACGCAGGCAAAGGAAAUCGUACUUAUUGACGCAUCUCCAAGCACUGUCUCGAUAUCUCCUCAUUUCUCAAGUUCUGCACCGCGGCCUUUCUAUCUAAUGCCUCCACCACUUCUCUUGCCAAUAUCCCCAUCUGUGAUGGGAUACUGGCCUGGACAUUUCCAAAGUGUGCCAUACCCCAACCCCGCCUUCUCUCACUAG